GGAGACAGCAAAAGAGAAACGGGGAAUCUAACAUCACUGCUGUCAUCGGUGGAAAUGUGUCGGCCUGCAGACUUCACACCAACAUGGAAACUGAGAAGCUGGAACUGAAUUUGUCUCACAGCCCAAAACUUAGAUGGCACACAGGACAGCAAACUACAUGACCUGGAUACACAGAUCAUAAAAAAGCUGACACCUGAGCGGUCCCACAGAGCCGGCCAGCAUGUCAUCCAACUCCUCGGAUCCGUGUGCGCCGGACGACAACCUCUGCAUAAUCCGGGUACAUGAGCAGGGGGUGAUCAUCGUCCCUACGCUGCUCUUCUUCGGCACCCUCAUCACCCUGGUGCCCCUGUUCAUUCUGAGGUACUGCGCUCAACAGAAGAGGACCCGGGUCACAGUUCCACAACGUUACAACAACGAAACACACCGACACACAAAGAGGAACAACCACAGACCACAACUACGGGGCAUAGACGCUCCCCCUGGGAUUGACCCACUAGAGCACGAAGAGGUGCCUAUGUCGGUUCAACAUGUGCAGCAGAAUAGGAGGCCAACUCUGGCUGCAGUGCCCCAGAUGUCCACAGGGAGGCAUCAGGGAGGCUUCAGCCAGGUCUCUGCACUGCCGCUGACCUUCGCUGUGCAGCCUAAUGACACAGUGAGCCUCUACAGAGCACGCAUGGACAACAGGAACGUCGUCCUGAGGGUGCUGAAAGAAACAUCAAACAACAUUGAGAAACAGAACUUUCUAGGCUUCGCUUCCUUCGUGUCCGGUCUGGGGCCGCACCCCUUCCUACCUGUGCUGAUGGGCGUCGUUUCAGUCCAGUCGCCUUUAGUUAUGGUGGUGGAAGAGCUGCAGCACAGAGACCUGCUGGGAUUCCUGUGGAGAUGUAGACAGGACAACACAGGUUUGGAGCCUUUGUGUGAAAUGACAGAGAAGAGGAUCUUCACCAUGGCGGGACAGGUGGCCUCUGCUCUGGAGUACCUGCACACUCAGCGCUGCAUCCAUGGCAACGUAGGAGCUCGGAGCGUUCUGGUUGGCGGAGAUCUGACGGCCAAACUGUGGGGACUGGGCCCGGUCUACCGCAGGAGGACACAGGCUGGUUCCCCGGGGGAGGUGGAGGACAUGGAGAUGAGGAAAUGGCAGGCACCUGAAGUGUUGGCCAGGAGAAUCCUAAGUCAGAGCAGUGAUGUAUGGUCCUUUGGCAUUCUCCUCUAUGAAAUGGUCACAUUGGGUGACCCACCAUUUGCUCAGAUCAUGGCGACUGAACUUCUGCAGCAUCUCCAAAGAGGAAAACAUCUCAAACGACCGGCCACAUGCUCCACCUCACUCUACUCCAUCAUCAGGUCGUGCUGCCACUGGAACCCGCAACAGCGACUCUCCAUGUCGGAACUGAUUAGAAAACUUCAAGCGGGAGAGCAAUCAGCCAAUGGGAGGACGGUCCUUAGAGUGCCGGAGCCAAUGAUCUUUGAGAAAUACCUGCGGGAGGCGGGAUAUGGAGAGGCUUACAACUAUGCUGUGCUGUGAUUGGCUGAGCGUUGCCAGCAAGGUGGACACCUGCAGGAAUGAAUAACUUUAUCACAAACGUGCACAUCACGGUUAAUUAUAAACACUUUUGUUUUUUUUAUUUGUUUGGUAUUAUGAAGCACAAUCACUUUAUAUAUUUUAAGAGUAAUAUAUUGAUUGUAAAUAUGUAUUUUCUCUCUAAACAAUGGCUAUGAUCACUUGAAAGACUAUCAUAAUAAUAAAAAAAUACUCGUUUUA